AUGGAGCCGAGCUUGACCCCAGGAAGCGUGUGGGCGCUGUGGCAUGCGAUGCGCGACAAGGGGCCGCUUGUACAGUGCAUCACAAACCUGGUCAGCAUGGACCUCAUGGCCAACACGCUGCUGGCUGCCGGCGCCUCCCCAGCCAUGGCGCACGCCCUCGACGAGGUUGAGGACUUUGUGGGCAUUGCUGAUGCGCUGCUCAUCAACAUUUCAAAUCUGAGCAGCGACUGGAACGCCGCCAAGAAGCUGGCGGCCCAGAAGGCUGUGGCCCUAGGCAAGCCCUGGGUGCUGGACCCCGUCGGCUGCGGCGCCACGCCCUACCGCACCCAAAUGUGCUUGGCGCUGUUGCAGCUCAGACCCACAGUUGUGAGGGGCAACGCCAGCGAGAUCCUGGCGCUUGCGGGUGCAGCAGGCAGCGCGGUCAGGGGCGUGGAUAGUACUGCAGAGAGCCACGAGGCUCUGGACGCCGCAAAGGCGCUGGCGCGGCGCUGCAGCUGCAUCGUGGCCGUGUCGGGGGCGACGGACCUGGUGACAGACGGCACCCGCGUGGCCGGCGUCUCAAAUGGUGUUCCCCUGCUCACGCGCGUCACCGCCACGGGCUGCAGCCUGACCGCGCUCAUUGCUGCGUUUUUGGCGGUCGCGCCAAAGGGAGGGGAGCUCGAGGCCACCGCUGCAGCACUGGCAGUGUUUGGGCUGGCUGGGGAGACAUCCCUGGCCGCCGCCCCCCGACCCGGCCCCGGCAGCCUCAGGGUCGGUCUGCUUGACGCGCUGCACAUCAUGGGGGAGGCGGAGGUGCUGGCGGGGGUGAGGGUGCGGGUGAUGGAGGGGUGA